AUGCCCGCCAACGGCAGCGAUGCGUGGUCGGCGGCCCAGGCGCUGUCCAUAUCGCCGGAGCCCGGUCUCGCCUCGCCCACGCGGCGCGCCUCGCCAUCUGCCACAUCGUCGCCCGACCCUCCUCCGCCCUGGGCUCGCCGGUCGCCGUCCUCGCGGCGGCUCUCGACGACACGCUUUGCCCGCCACCAGCCGCCGGCGCUGACGCGGGCGCUGCGUGCCGCCCACAAGACGGCCAACAACCUCUGGGUGCUCUACCUGCGGCUGCCGCCGGUGCAGCGGCUCGCGCUGACGCUGGCGCUCGUCGUCGUCAACGUCGUCGUCCUCCUCUUCGUCAUCUACUCGCACGCCAUCUUCGCGUGGCUCGCGCCCGUGUCGCACCGCUGGCGCGCCCUGCCCGGCGGCUGGGUGCUCGCCUGGCUCUUCACCUUUGCGACGGCCUUUCCGCCCGUCAUCGGCUACGGCACGUCCGUGACGGUCGCCGGCUUCGUCUACGGCUUCCCGCACGCCUACCCCAUUGUGGCGACGGCCACCGUCGCCGGCAGCCUGACGGCCUUUUACACGUCGCGCACCGUCUUCAGCGGCUACGUGCACCGCCUCGUCGGCGCCGACCCGCGCUUCGUCGCCCUCGGCCACGUCCUCCGCAGCGACGGCCUCGGCAUGCUGACGGCCGUGCGCUUCUGCCCGCUGCCCUACAGCGUGUCCAACGGCUUCCUCGCCACCGUGCCCGCCGGCGACGCCAUGACCGCCGCCGACAAUGCAGUCACUUACACCUCCAUGGCCCUCGGCGGCCUCGUCGGCCUCGCCGUCGGCUGGCUCAUCUACCACCGCACCAUGGCCCGCGCCGCCGAGCUGGCCCUCGAGCAGCACGACCACGCCCACCCGGACCACGACCACCACCACCGCCAGCACAGGCGCGGCAGCGACGGCUCGUCUUCCGCCGGCGGCGGCGUCGCCCGCGGCCAUGCCGACUUUGACUACGCCGACGUCGAGGCCGGCCUCGUCGACCCCGAGGACGUCGCGGCCCUCAUGAGCGAGGAUGACAUUAGCCUCUGGGGCAACGAGGAGGAGGCGCGGUAUCGGGACGAGGACGAGGCCGGGGGCCAGGAGACGGGCGUCGUGGAUGAAGCGCGGCGGUCGAAGAAUGGGAGGAGAGAGUAG